CGCUAAGCUCCCAAAGCGGCAUGGCCGCCUCGGUUCCCCACCAACAAGAAGCUAAGCUUCACUGCUUCCUCCAAUGGCUUCAGCGAACAUCACUUCUUGGAACGGAAUCGUAGGCCAACAGUGUGGAGCUGCGAGGCUGCUGCAUCCGAUACUGUGGACCCGACAAGGGCUUCGGCGUCUUCGCCACCACCGGCAACAUUGGCGACGGUAUCGUCAUGGUUGUUCCGCUCGAUUUGGCUAUCACGCCCAUGAGGGUUCUCCAAGACCGGUUGGUUGGGCCGAGAUGCAGGGCCUUGUUCGAGGAGGGCGACGUCGACGACCGUUUCCUCAUGAUGGUGUUUCUUAUGGUGGAACGCGUGCUUCCGAACUCGGUGUGGAAGCCGUACCUUGAUUUGCUUCCAAGCACCUUUGAGAGUACUCUUUGGUUUACGGAAGAUGAACUUGCUGAGUUGAGAGGAACAACAUUGUACCGAGCCACAUUGGUACAGCAAAAACAAUUGAGAGCUCUAUUUAAUGACAAGGUCAAAAGCCUCGUUGAGGAGCUUCUGCAAACCGACAGAGAUUCAGAUAGAACCAUUGAAGUGCAGUUCGAAGACUUCCUUUGGGCAAAUUGCAUAUUUUGGACUAGAGCUUUGAAUAUACCAUUUCCUCGUUCUUAUGUCUUCCCUGAGUCACUAGAUGAGCAAGGCAAAAGUUCUCUGUCCUGUAGCAGUGAAGCCGAUGCUACUGUAACUGGAAAUUCUGGUGAAACAUCUAUUCAUUCACUGAACGUCAAAAGUGAGGAUCAUGUUAUCGUGGAGAACACGGCUGAUGGUGCUUACAAAUUAGCCAGUGCAGAGACUGUCUGGGUUGAGGGCCUUGUUCCUGGAAUUGAUUUUUGUAAUCAUGGUUUGAAGGCAGCUGCAACAUGGGAGGUUGAUUCAACGGGAGCUGUGACUGGAGUUCCUGCUUCUAUGUAUCUCAUUCUUGCUGAUCAGCAAAAUUUUGAAGUUGGGAAGGAGAUAUGUAUCAGCUAUGGUAACAAAGGCAACGAGGAGCUGUUGUACCUUUAUGGGUUUGUUGUUGAUAACAAUCCAGAUGAUUAUCUCAUGGUUCAUUAUCCCAUUGAAGCAUUAAAGAGUGUUUCAUCAUCAGAUAGCAAAGCGGAACUUCUAGAAGCUCAGAAAGCUGAACUGAGAUGUCUCUUACCUAAAAGUUCGCUCAAUCAUGGUUUCUUCAGUGAAAGAAAUGAAGAUAGUAAGAAAAGCUUGGUCGGCCAGAGCUAUAAUUAUAGCUGGAGUGGUCAGCGCAAAGUUCCUUCAUAUUUGAGCAAGCUGGUUUUCCCACAAGAGUUCCUUGUGGCUUUGCGGACUAUUGCAAUGCAGGAACAUGAGCUUAGGCAAGUUGUUUCAUUACUAGAAGAGCUUGGUGCAUCUGGGGAGGAAAGACAACCAUCUGAUAAAGAUAUACAAACAGCUAUAUGGGAAGUCUGUGGGGAUUAUGGAGCCUUGGAACUGCUUGUUGAACUUCUUCGCAUGAAGAUGAUGGAACUUGAAGAGGGAUCUGGAACAGAAGAUUAUGAUGAUGAAAUUCUUACAAAUUUCUCCAUCAUGAAACUUGAAGAUGUUGAGAGGAGCAAAAGGACAAGUGAAGGGGUGUCAAUGAGCAGAACUCGAUGGUCCUGUGUGGUGUAUAGGAAAGGCCAAAAGCAGCUCACUCGCCUGUUUCUGAGGGAAGCCGAACAAGCACUGGAGCUCUGUGCAAGAGAACAGCCAUAAGCAAUGCUACCUUCUUAGCUGCUGCUUCAUCUAUAAACUUUUCUACCUUAGCUUAUUAGUUCACUAGAAAGAGAUCCUUUUUGACAUUAAAGUAAUAAGCUAUUUACAUUGUUCUUUUAGAAGCUGUUCUCACAAUUGAAUUUGUCAAACUGGCUUAAUCCUCA